AAUGCGAACCUAGCGAAACGAACGAGACACGAGUGCCUUCGUCAUCGUGCAGAAUUGCAGUACGGAAAUUUUUCCAGUGUGGGGUGUUAAAUUAUGUUGAUUUUAAUGAAGUGAACAAUAUUAUUGGUGAUGUUGGCCUUAGGCUUAUUGUUAUUUCGUAAAAAAACUCUCAAAGAACACACGUUUAUUGUAGUAAUCCGUCAAAAAUCGAGAAAGCUUCAAACGUGUUUGAAGCUUUCGGUUUCGCAUUAAUGGAACUAUGAACCUGGACUCUUUAACGUUUAGCUUAUCGCAAAUCAAUUAUCUUGUUGUAAAUUUAAGUAAGAAGAACUUUAAGCAGACCAGUCAAGAGUUAACUAAGCUUGUGAACCUAUAUGGCCUGGAAGCUGAAAAUCAACUACUGAGGUGCCUUCUCGCAGAAGCAGCUAAAACCACCUGGGACACUGACAGAUCGUCGUCAUCCGCGGGCAGUAGCGUUCACGCCUCACUUCUCUCACAGCAUCUGACUUCGUUGUUAAACCACCCUGGAAAAGCGACCGUAGUCUGUUGCUUGGUUGAUAACCCACCCCGGUCUUUACAAAAGAUAUUAAAGCCAUCAAAUACUUUACUCAACCGGCUUACAAGAUUGCUAAAGUUAACCACUGCCGAGGAUGUUGCCUUUUCAUUGAUUUUGAGGAAGAAUUCAUCAAAACCUGAAAUUGUAUCACUUGCAAAGCAACAUUUGAAAAAGAGAUUUCUAGAACUCGUGCAGUGCUAUCUCGACGCAGAGCGAGGACAUCAAGUAGAGCGUGCAGGCCUUCAGGAAUGCAGCCCUGAAGUUUUGCAAAAUCUUCUGACGAGUCUCGCUCACGAAAAUUUUCGUUUGGCAGCUGUGACUAAGGACUUGUUUCUAAAACGAUUACGAAGUGACUUUCCGCGCGAAGUAGUGCCAAUAAUACUCGCGCCACUGCUGUAUCCUGACGAUACACAGACACCCCUCGAGGAGAUGACCACGGCCGACGACAUGACCGCAGCCAUGAUGGACAACUCAUUCGCAGAUAUAAUCCGAGAUAUCGGCUACAGCUUCACCGCAUCCGUCGAGGAAUGCAAAAACAACAUGUUGAACUUCGGUGCUCGAGAGCCCACUGCGAUAGACGUGGCCAGGGUUAUUUCGAUGAUGGUUCGAUAUCACGCCACAGCCGAGGGCCCUCAAAUACAAACACCUGGAAAUUUUUGGAUGGGACACGAAGCCAAAAAGGACCUAAUUACACAUGGACAUGGGGAGUCUUGGAACGCUGAAGUUUUUGUUCAAACUCUUAAAGAGCUGGCUUCUAAUCUAAACUGGAAAGAAGUAAUUCUACAACUCGACCAUCCCGAGUUUAUUGUUCCAGAUAGGCAAGGCCUUAAUUUGCUAUUCACUAUCCUAAGAUUGGGGCUUCAGAGUGCAGGAUAUCCCGCAAAUAUAUUUCCUGUUGAAUAUCUUUGUCGUAGGUGGACUAAUCUAGAGGGCCAGCUUAGCUUGAUAAGUAAUAUCCUCAAACAUCCAGAUAUAUUCAGUUUUGCAGACCAUCCAUUUCAUCCAGUGUCAAUUGAUUUAUUAAAAUCACCUCCAGAGACAGACAACAAAGAAAUAGCGACUUGGCGUUGUUUGUACUUAGUAGAACUGCUACUGUAUGCCGCUGACCGCGACUAUUACGUCCAAGUGCAUGAGUUAUUCAAGUUUCCUCUGCAGCAUUGUCCUGACAUCCUGCUACUGGCUUUACUACAAAUAAGUCCACCAAUUACUGUUUUUAGACAAGAGUUAUUGACAACGCUGAUACCGAUUUUCUUAGGUAACCAUCCUAAUUCAGCAAUUAUAUUACACCAUGCUUGGCAUACACAGAAUCCUAACAUAAAACAUAUAAUAAUGCAUGCUAUGGCCGAUUGGUACAUAAGAGGUGAGAGUGACCAAUCAAAGCUAUCCCGGAUCUUAGAUGUGGCACAAGACCUUAAAGCCCUGUCUCUUUUAUUGAAUGUGCAAUCGUUUCCAUUCGUUAUUGACUUGGCCUGUUUGGCCUCUCGACGUGAAUAUUUAAAGCUCGACAAAUGGCUGACCGACAAAAUAAGAGACCAUGGAGAGACCUUUGUUUCGGCUAUGGUGAAGUUUCUACAAAGAAGAUGUCCACAGGUUAUUGGGAAAGGACCGGAAGAACAGCUUCCGAAAGCUGCGCAGCUACCGCACGAAACCAUCGCUACUAUGUUAGCUUGCUUGCAGCUCUGUAGUCCCAAUGUUCAACCUGACUUACAAGAAGCAAUCUACAAUGUGAUUACUAGUUGUCAGACGCUAAUACUUAGCAAGACGCGUCAAAACAUUGCGGGUAUAGCGCGACCAACUCACACACGGGUAUUGGAGACUCCCUUCAAUCCUGCUGGCCUGAGCGGUCAGUUGUUUACCCCGCAUGUUGACUCCAUAGCAACUUUGACCCCGACCGUCGCGAGUAUGAACUUAGGUGCUCCGGCAAACUCAGCUUUUGCUAUGCCUGGUAAUCUUGGUCCUCUAGUUACUACUCCGGGAUCUCCUUCUCGACUUAUGGGUGCUGGACCUAAUAGUCCUUUCGCAAUGAUGCCCUUACAGCACAACACGAACGUGGCUAACAUGGGAGCAUUGGCCAGAAUGGGCCAAGCACCGGCAAUGGACAAACCACGUAUUCCAGAUCCCAUACACUUUCCAGAAAUGAUGCAGAAUGUUUCCAAAGAAAUUGAGGAUGAAGCCAAUGGCUAUUUUCAAAGAAUCUACAACCAUCCACCGCAUCCAACGUUGUCUAUAGAUGAAGUACUAGACAUGUUGAAGAAAUUCCAAGAAUCUCCCAACAAAAGAGAACGUGAAGUGUUUUCAUGUAUGCUACGUAACCUCUUUGAAGAGUACAAGUUUUUCCCUCAAUAUCCAGACAAGGAAUUGCACAUUACUGCUCAACUUUUUGGAGGAAUCAUAGAAAAAGGACUAGUACCAAGCUACGUUUCGCUGGGAUUGGCUUUACGAUUUGUGCUUGAAGCUCUAAGGAAGCCAGAGGGAUCCAAAAUGUACUACUUUGGUAUAGCUGCUCUUGACAGAUUUAAAUCUCGUCUUAAAGACUAUCACAAAUAUUGCGAGCAUGUUAGAGCUAUACCUCAUUUUUGCGAGUUCCCUCCACACUUGAUAGAAUACAUCGAGUUUGGAUUGCAAAGCCAAGAGCCACCUACUAAACCACAGGGAGCUGUGCUGCCCACGAGCCUGGCGGCCAUGCUGACUCAGAGUGCGGUGGUCACUGUGUCUGCCCCUUACAGGGCCGUCGUUUGUGCGCCGUCGGCGAUUUCCGGUAUAUCGAAGGUGACUAAUGCCGCUGGUGGCAUGGGGAGCCGACCCUCUAUAGCUAACGCCACAAACAUUGACACUCUUUUGACUGCCACAGACAAGGAGGAUAAAAUAAAUGCACCGCCUGAAGCUAUUCAAGACAAAACUGCUUUUAUUUUCAAUAAUCUCAGCCAGCUCAACCUGCAGACGAAGUGUGAAGAGCUCAAAGAAAUCAUCACAGACGAAUACUUCCCAUGGCUUUCGCAGUAUCUGGUCAUGAAGAGAGCGUCGAUAGAACUUAACUUUCACGCUCUGUAUUCAAAUUUCCUUGACGUUCUCAAAAUACGCGACGUGAACAAAAUGGUCACAAAAGAAACCUACCGUAACAUCAAAGUAUUAUUGCGCUCCGACAAAGGUAUCGCAAAUUUCUCUGAUCGUUCGCUGCUGAAGAACCUCGGGCAUUGGCUCGGCAUGUUGACGCUGGCCCGCAACCAGCCCAUUCUUCACGUGGACAUUGACCUCAAAGCACUCCUUCUCGAAGCUUAUCACAAAGGACAGCAGGAGCUUCUGUACGUCGUGCCAUUCGUGGCCAAGGUUUUGGAGUCUUGUGCAAAAAGCGUAGUGUUCAAACCUCCAAAUCCCUGGACGAUGGCUCUAAUGAACGCAUUAGCUGAAUUACAUCAAGAGCCUGAUCUCAAACUAAAUUUAAAGUUCGAAAUAGAAGUGCUUUGCAAAAACUUAAGCCUCGACAUCGCAGAUCUAAAGCCUUCCAUAUAUCUUAAAGAUUCAGAAAAACUAAGGUUGAUCGAGUUCCAACUAUCUCAACCGAAACCUAACAAGGAAGCAACUAACCCCAUGCCAGUGACCCAAAACAUAGUACAGUCUGCUCAGAUGCAACUGAUGCCUCCUCAGCCUCCGAUGCUGCCGCAGGAGGACAUGGCCGCUACCGCGCCGACGCCGACCAGCGGUCUGGUGGCUAACGACCCUAGCAUGAUCGGCGUGCUCGGUUUGCCUGAGCCUCGCUUCAAUUACUUGGAUGUUAAUGUAUCUUCUACUUCUGCAUUUGGACAGAAAAUUUGCUUCAAUCCGCACAUCAUUCUCUUCCAAAACUAUCCGCAUCUAAAGCAAUUUGUCAAGCCUGCCAUAGAAAGGUCAAUCCAAGAAUGGAUUCAUCCCGUAGUCGAGCGAUCUAUAAAAUAUGCGCUGACCACCUGUGAGCAAAUCAUCAGGAAAGAUUUCGCGCUUGACCCCGAUGAAGUCCGAAUGCGCACUUGUGCUCAUCACAUGACGAGGAAUCUUACCGCGGGUAUGGCGAUGAUAACGUGCAGGGAACAAAUCAUCAGCACCAUUAGCACCAACUUGAAAGCCGCCUUUGUCACGGCUUUGAUGCCUGCAACACCCCAACAGAAGGAGAUAGUGGAUAGCGCCGCAGCAGUUCUCGCUACCGAAAAUAUGGAGUUGGCUUGCGCUUUCAUCCAGAAGACGGCAGUCGAAAAAGCGCUACCCGAACUCGACAAAAGACUAAUGAACGACUACGACAUGAGAAAAAUCGCUCGCCAGGAAGGCAGACGAUACUACGACCCGAUUGUCUUGACAUAUCAGACGGAGAGGAUCCCGGAACGCGUGCGAUUGCGCGUCGGUGGGCCGACUGAUAUGCAAAUCGCCGUUUACGAAGAGUUCGCUUGCAAUAUACCGGGUUUCAUGCCCGUCCGCGACGCCGGCAUGUUCAUCCCCAAACAGCAGCAGGAACAAAUCCCGCAGCUGACUUUCAGCCAGGUCAUGAACCCGACGCAGGUGUACGGCACGGAUGAGAUGAGCACUCUUAUCACGGCGGCCGAGGUCUUCCUAGCGAACUCGAUAGCGGUAGCGUCUCUGGCAGUACAGUCUGCAAAUAUGCACUCCCUGCUCGAGUGCCUUAUUUUGGCUAGACGGAAUCGGGACAUUGUAUCCGGAUGUACUUUAUUACAGAAGGCCGUGGAAGGUCUCCUGGACGGGCACAUCGUACAGCCGGGCGCGAGCAGCGACCACGUGGAGAUGAUGACGCGGUACCGCGACGUGCACCUACGCGUGCUGAAGCUGCUUGAGGACGCGCGCGUCUACGGGCACGUGUGGACCACCAAGCAGAUCACCUGCUGCCUCACCGAGUGCAGGGAGGAACUCAAGUACAACCUCGAGGCUGUCGACUGUCUCAUCAGAAAUAACCUUAUCAAUCUGCCACAGUACGACAUUGCGUUGGCACACAUGAUGGACAACGGCAACAACUACAUGGCCGUAGCAUUCUCCAUGCAGCUAGUCCAGCUGUACCUAGUGGACGACAGGAACAAUAUGUACGCGAACGAAUCGGACCUGUACCACACGACGGAGACCCUGGUGCGCAUCAUGUCACACUCGCGCCAGCCGCCGCCAGAGGGGCUCGGCAGCCUCAUAGAAAUGAUCCGCGUCAACCAGGACCCGAGCGCUUACCUCGGCGAGCGCUCGCCGCUGGGACCCACCGCGCACAUUCAUGCGGGCAUCUUACAAGUACGGGCACGUGAUUACGACGAUCCACCGGGCCUACUUGAGAAAACGGAGAAUCUUCUCCGCGAAUGGAGAAACGUUCUUCUUAGCCCGCUAACAGAGAUAGAGAUUGCACAGAAUUUCAAUCUAUAUGUUCACCGUAUGAACAUGAACGGAAUAUUGAAAUCGGACGAUAUGAUAACUCGAUUCUUCCGAAUCGCGACUCAGAUGUGCAUUGAGAAUGUGCACCAGCAGAUCAACGACGAGCGCGUCAACCCGCCGCCGUCGCCUCCCAAGCGGGAGAAGUAUUACGCCAUGUGCGAUUCCUUCAUCAAGCUUGUGUCGCUGCUCAUCAAGAACACUGCCGACGGAGGCAACCCGACGCCCAAACUCAAUCUGCUCAACAAGAUCCUGGGCAUUAUUGCCGGGUGUUUGCUGCAAGACCACGACGAGCACGGGACGAACUUCCAGCAGCUGCCAUACCACCGGCUGCUGCUGAUCUUAUUCCUUGACAUGAACAUGGCCGAACCUGUACUAGAGUCCAUGAACUUCCAGGUUCUUACUGCGUUCUGCCACACGCUGCGCAUCAUCCGGCCGAGCGUCGUCCCCGGCUUCUGCUACGCCUGGCUCGAGAUGGUCGCACACCGCGCGUUCAUCAACCGAGUAUUAGCUGUCACUCCUCAGCAGAAGGGCUGGGGAAUGUAUUCCACGCUUCUGAUCGACCUGUUCAAGUUCCUGGAUCCCUUCCUACGCAACACGGAGCUCGCCGCGCCGGUCAUGAUGCUGUACAAGGGCACCCUCAAGGUGCUCCUCGUACUGCUCCACGACUUCCCAGAGUUCCUGUGCGACUACCAUUACGGGUUCUGUGAUGAGAUACCUCCUAACUGCAUACAGAUGAGAAAUCUCAUCCUGUCCGCUUUCCCGAGAAACAUGAGGCUACCCGAUCCGUUCACUCCGAACCUCAAGGUGGACCUGCUGGCGGAGAUCACGCUGCCGCCCCGCGCGGUCAUCAACUACGCCACCAUGAUUCCCAACUCGCAGUUCAAGAAGGAUUUGGACGCGUACCUAAAAGCGCGGGCACCGGUCACUUUCCUCUCGGAACUUAGAGGCAACAUGCAGGUGGUGAAUGAGCCAGGCCGCCGCUACAACAGCCAGCUGAUGAACGCCGUGGUGCUGUACGUGGGCACUCAAGCCAUAGCGCACAUCCGCUCCAAGGGGCAGACCCCCAACAUGUCCACCAUCGCGCACUCUGCGCACAUGGACAUUUUCCAAAACUUCACUGUUGACUUCGAUUACGAGGGGAGAUACUUGUUCCUCAACGCAAUCGCAAAUCAACUCCGAUACCCCAACAGUCACACACACUACUUCAGUUGCUGUCUUCUGUAUCUCUUCGCCGAGGCAAACUCCGAAGCGGUGCAGGAACAAAUCACAAGAAUGUUGCUUGAGAGGCUCAUAGUCAACCGGCCGCACCCGUGGGGCCUGCUGAUCACGUUCAUAGAACUGAUCAAGAACCCAAUUUACAAGUUCUGGUCACACGAAUUCGUCCACUGCGCCCCAGAGAUAGAAAAGUUAUUCGCAUCUGUAGCGCGUUCAUGCAUUGUCGACAAGACGGGCACUGCAGGCGGCGGGCAGGAUAUAGCCGAGUAGCCCCGCGCCAAUUGGGAGUCGGUCCGACACAAGCAUAUCUUGCAAAGCUUGGUCGAGAAAGGCUUCCAGACUGCGGCACCCCAGGGGGCGCAGCCCCUCCCGCAGCCAUCGACUUCUACAGCCCCACCCAAACAUUGUAUGCAGUGGAACAAACUAUUCAAGAAAUGAACAAAACAGUAUUCUCACUAUAGCUCAUCAAUACCGGACAUAAUUACGACAAAAAUCAAUCCCCAAAUAAAUUAUUAUAAAUCCACAGUUCGUAGCUUUCUACACAUGUAGUGCAUAAUUAUUUCCGAUCGUGUUUUCAGGGAAACGUCAUGUUCGUACGUUUGCUAUUUCAGUCAGUCUCGCUACAAAAAGUUCUGAGGUUGACUGAAGUAGCAUGACUAAUACGAACGUUUCCGAGAAAAUACAAUGGCAAACAAUUAUGCAAUACAUACUACUCAUGAAUGGUUCAGAAAGUAAGUAAAUAUUGUCACUAUAGUUUUUUUCUUAUUAUUACACUCGACAAAAAUCGUGCUACCAAAAAAACAUACCAUCUCAUUAGCUGAUAACUAAACAUAAACAAUUUUCAAAUAACUCGUGGCACAUUUUUACUGUACCAUUUAUCACUAAUAUAACUCCUCUAACUCUAUUAAUUGGAAUGUGCUUUACUUUCUGGACACUCAUGUUCUCUCAAAUUAAUUAGUUCGAAUUAUUAUAUGCAAACCUAAAGGUUUGAGAAAAGGAAGUGAGAUAUAAUUUACGUCUCGAUAUUCUGUGUGACUAACGAAGCUUGAAGCUUGCACCAACUCCACUUAAUUAAAAACUAUAAAGAACGACCGGACAUUAAAUUAACAUCAGCCUUCAGUCUACAACGGCCACCGAAGCUGAACUGUCCAAGCCCUGAUUUAUAAUGCAGUGAAAAAUAAUAUUGUAGAAUGUUCCGGUGUUGGUUUCUAUGUGAGAUUUGCUUUUAUCAACCCCUCAUUUGCCAGGUAACAGCUUUCUCUUAGAUCGGGUUGUUUUACCAAACUAUUAUAACAAUGAGGCUACGACCUCUGCAAACACCCCCUAUGAGCUUUGACAUAAAAUAAUGAGGUUUGUUUUCAACGAAAAUUAGAUGAUAUUUUAAAAUUGACUGUUAUAUAACGCAACAAAACCAUGUUAAUCAUGUUCUUAAAAAUUGUCAUUGAAUAUUUAAUAUAGUAUUCUAUUCUAUUAUGUACAAUUGCCGAUUGCAAAUAAAUAGAGACGCUAAGAGAUUUAGUAAGAGUCCAUAUACUAUCUAUAUCGCACAGUAUUUAUGUGUAGAAAUAGCAUUAUAACUUAGUAUUUAUGUAUAAUCUGUUGUAUUUCAAUUACAUUGCAAUAUAAUGAAUAUCAUGUCUGUGCUGUUUUGAUUCAUGAACGUAUUUAAUGUCUGUAUAAUUUUCUAUUAUGUAGGUUCACAUAAUAAUAAUAAGAUAUCCGAUAGUAUGUUCUUAAAUCUUAUCAUUAUCACCAAGUAAUCAAAUAUUUCUGAAUUAGCCACAUCUUUGAUCACAUGGAACUUGUUGGAAUUAUUACAUAUGAUCAAACUACAAUAGCGGCUCUCGACCGAGUAACGUAGGUAACAAGUAGUGUUGGCAAAGCAAGAGUUGCAGGUUGCCGGGCGGCGCGCGCGGCGGUGUUGAACGCCGUUGCCAGCGCAGCGCGCGCGCCGCUCGCUCGCUAAGCCUCUAAGUCGGGUCACACUAUUGGCUGCUGCAUUAUCCGUUUAGUUUGACCCGAAUUAGAGACCUGCGAUUUAUUGUAUUAUUUAAUUAUUAGACGGUUGUACAUUUACGAUACUGAAUAAGUUUGUCGAAAUAGAAUACGAAAUCGACUGAUUAAAAUAACUAUUAAUCUUGCGUAUGCGGGGGGAUGACAGUUCUACGCUACCUCGUGUUACGUAUCCUAUUGUGAAUGGGCCGUUUCGAUGACACUAGCGAUAACAAUCGAUUAAUUAAUAAUUUGUAAUAAUAUUAGUAACUUAAAAUGAUAUAAAAUUAAGUUUUGAAAUGCAAUGCGUGUUACUGUUGCAGUUUUUCUAGAUGUGAUUUUUCUAAUCUAAUUUAGGUAUGUUUAGUGUUAAUGUUUAUGCUACAAUUUCGUCAUAAGCGAUGUAAUCCCAUUUUCUAAAAAAAUUGUGUUGUAAUAAAAUAUUUUUUCAUCA